AGAUCCCUGUGUCUCCCCGUGAGGCCGGGAGGCCGUGGCCACGAUGCUUGGCUUGGCCGCAGGCCUCCCACCCGGGGCUGGUUUUAACCCAGCGCUCUGACCCAAACCGCUCAGCUCCCGGAAAUUCCAAGGAACCUGGUGGACUUAGUCCUUCAGGUGGAACAGAGUGCGACAUGGGAAAGAAAACCAAGCGGACAGCCGAUAGUUCAUCUUCAGAGGAUGAGGAGGAAUACGUUGUGGAGAAGGUGCUAGACAGGCGUGUGGUUAAGGGGCAAGUGGAGUAUCUACUGAAGUGGAAAGGAUUUUCUGAGGAGCACAAUACUUGGGAACCUGAGAAAAAUUUGGAUUGCCCUGAGCUAAUUUCUGAGUUUAUGAAAAAGUAUAAGAAGAUGAAGGAAGGUGAAAAUAAUAAACCCAGGGAGAAGUCAGAAAGUAACAAGAGGAAAUCCAAUUUCUCCAAUAGUGCGGAUGAUAUCAAAUCCAAAAAAAAGAGAGAGCAGAGCAGUGACAUCGCUCGAGGCUUUGAGAGAGGACUGGAACCAGAAAAGAUCAUUGGGGCGACAGAUUCCUGUGGUGAUUUAAUGUUCCUAAUGAAAUGGAAAGACACAGAUGAAGCAGACCUGGUUCUUGCAAAAGAAGCUAAUGUAAAGUGUCCACAGAUUGUGAUAGCGUUUUAUGAAGAGAGACUGACGUGGCAUGCGUAUCCCGAGGAUGCGGAAAACAAAGAGAAAGAAACUGCGAAGAGCUAAAGGAAGGGGUGGUCUCUGUCACUUCUCUCUGUAUAUAUUACGCUCACCUCCCUGCCUCUUCUCCCUCCACCCACCCCCUUCCCUCCUAAACACAUCAUAAACAAUGUGCUUAUCACUGUGCUCCGCAGGAGAAAUGUCGGUAUUGGUUCUCUUGUGACAUGACUGACGGUCUGAUUCAUGAUGCGUGUUUCUCUGUGAAGAUCAGGCCUUUACAUACUGUGUGUAACCCCCACAGUUUUUUCCUUUGCCCUCAUCUCUUCCUUCUCCCCUGUGACCUCAAGAUGAGUUUUAACUUUUUAAUCACCUUAGAGUCUUGAUCUUUUCAGGAUUGGUUGCAUUUAGAUUGGGAGAUUUUGUUACAGGUAUGAUAAGUUGGGGUUUCUUGUUGUGAGUUUUAGAACAUGUUGAUGACCAGCCGGCCUUUGUUUUGAGGUGUUGGGAUGGAAAAGUUGUUGCCCAUCUUAGUUUUAAAAAGCCAGUAGCAACUGCCUACCUGUUGGGGCUUCCUCAACCUCAUUCCACUCGACCCAGGAGAACACAGGGUUCCCGGUGUGGUCUUCAGGACCACCAUCUGUUCACCCUCACCCGUCCUCCCAGAAUAGCUCCAUCCUUUGGAGGACUGGGAAUUUGACAUUGAAACUCGCCAAGGCACUCUUCAUGGCCCGGAACUUCUGGCCUUGUUCCUUAGAAAUCCCUGAUCUCUGCUUCUGCAAGGUGGCGCAGUCUGUCACGAAGUGACAGAUUAUUAACGGUGGAGAUUUAUGGCUAUUCGUCCAUGAGGUUGGCGGGGUAGGGUGCAGUUGUCUUUAUUAGCACAUUGGCAUAUGUGUAUUACUUCCUUCACCCCUCAUAUUUGGACUAGAUAUGUAUGUAGGUGUGAAUGACUGCCUGGUGCUUGCUUGUGCCAAGGUGCUAGGCACCCUCCAGCCCUGCCAACUUUUGUGGCCUCCCAAAGCAUUCCUGUUACCAAAGAGGCUUCAAACCUGACCCUCACUCUCAGCGGACCCAAGUCUCCUGCCCAUGCCGUUACUUUCAGGGGGAAUUCUUGGAAGGGAGCCACCGGCCACAGCGUCAACUUUAACUAUUUUCAGUGUUUAUAGUCGUAAGCUUCCUGCUUUGUGGACUCCUGGAUUUGCCACCGAGAGUGCCCGAAGUGUUAACGCUCUUCCCUUUUUCCACCCUGAAACGCUUAGUUGUGUCUUUCUGUGGAAGAUCACCACCUCGAGAGCGGCAGGCCUGGCGUUAGCGUCGACACAGCCUUCUCUGACUAGUUCUCUCACAGAGGAGUUUCUCGUCCGGCUUCCUCUUGCUUUGCCAUUGUAUCGAGCGAUUAUUUUUCAUGGGUUCCUCUGGCUUUGUCCCCUAACAAAUGCCCUACUUCAUCUCUACCCUCUCCUGGGGCAGAGGAGUGGGGCUUGAGAAUCGAGACGAAAAGUAAGGGAAUCGCAGGGUUUUGAGCAUCUUCGUCUCAGCCCAAAGCUGAGGAAAUAAGAACAAAUGCUUGAAAUAGCCUUAACACUCGAGUUCACUGCCGUGGAGGUUGUUUUGUGUUGUUGCUUUUGACCUUUAAAACAUACAGCUGUCUGAUCGGAGCAUUCGGCCGUUCCUAGGUUAUUCAGAGUAACAAGGAAAAUGGAGAGAUUGCUCCAGUCCACAGAUGAGCCAGAUAAUGUGCAAAUCUUACACCCAUUCAUAGCAUUUGUUAACACUGCUUCCCUGCUCAGCUGUUGAUUGACUUCUGUGUGCUUGUAUAAAUUAUGGCAAAAAUUGGACUGCGCAGUUGAGAAGACAGCUGUUGCUGCCGUGACAUGACAGACUGGAACAAUAGCUUUUGGUGUGAGUCACCCAGGAAGAGCCUUACCGGGGGUGUCAUGGUUGGGUGAGCGCUCGUAACUCAUACCUCGGGUGGGCGCCCAUACCUCGGGUGGGCGGGGGUCUUACUCUGGGUUUCUUUGCUCUGGAGGAGUGAAGGGGCUGGAUCAAGGGCUGGGGACCUGACAGUUCUGGGCACCCCGCCGAUGGACAUGUCGGCGAGAGCAGGCGCAGGAGCCGGGGGAGUCCGGGUGACCAGCCUGGAGUUAGGGUCGAUCAGCACAGGGCAGCAGAGCGCCGGUGACCUGCCUGCCUCUCUGUUUGCGGGUGGAGAAAAGAGCGGCCUGCGCAGGUGGCCGGUGAAGCCCACGAGCGGUGGGCGUGCAGGGCACAGUGACCGUGUCUUUGAAACCAAAAUCUAGACUGUCGGUGAAGAGCAGGACAAAGGUCUUUCACACUGACAUUGGUCCCGACACACCUCUGUGUCCGUGGUUACAGGUGUUGGCUUACGAUGCUCCUAAGAACCUGGCUGGCUUUUGAGAGGAGAGCCGCAGCACCAUUUGCUCGUCACUCCUUGCCCGCCGUCCUUCCUCGUUGUUUCCUGCCCGCAGUUAAUCAGGCCGUGGUCUGCACUGUGGCCACCACCACCACGACUUUUGUCCCUCUGUUUGCCCAUGAGCUGCUCUAGGAAUGCAGGCACCAGAGGCCCGUCCUGGCUGCAGGCUCUGGUGGGGAGGAGCCGAAGCUCGUCUGUGACACGAACGUGAGUGCCCAGUGGCCGUCCUGGCCCGUGGAGAAUUGCAGCCUCCACCAGAAACCUGUCUUCGCGGGGCUUUCUCCUCUCUGAAGAGCUGAUAGACACGGGCUCUGAGUGGGCUCCGUUGCUCACAGCACGCUUUCCCUGCCUGUAGUCCUCUUUUAAAGCGCUUUUCUAUGCUAAUUUCCUUUAGUAACGAACAUUCAGGACCUCUCCCCGGAAUAGAGCAGAGUUGCCUGGCUGCGAGUACCAAGGCCAGUCAUUGUAGCCAGUUUUUAAACUCUGAGCCGGACAGAUGCCCGCAUGUUCCAGCCAGCUCUUGGGAACUUCAGCCCUGAUGGCAGCACCCGGCGUUACCCGGAGCGUGCCCGGCCUACCUGGAGCGUGCCCGGCCGCUUCCCUCCUGCCUCGGGUGAGGGGCCUCGGGGCCGGUGGUGCUCCUUUACGCCCCAAGGCUGGCCCUGCUGCCCGCAGCCGCAUCUGUAAUAGUGUCUUGUUGAUGGAAGGUUCGUCGUGUUUCUGUAGCGUGAGCAGUGAGACUGUUCUGAACUUCUCUUCAUUCUUAUUCUAUAGCCACCCUGUCGUCGAUUCUCCUUGUACUCAGGCUAGAUCAUUGGGCCUUGGGGAAGGUGUUUGGGAGUUUCAUCUUUUGAUGGUGAAUCUGUGGUUUAGCUCGGCUCAACAGAGGUACAGUGGAGGGUCAGGAGGGGCUGGGGAAUGGCCGUCUUGACCCUCAGGGUUUGGACUUGAGAGCCUAAAUUGCUUUGUGAUAACAUGAGAGCCCCUGAAAGGGCUAUGUCAUUAGAUUUUAAAAUGUGGAAAUUGUCUCCAGGUAGGUCAAAGAGAAAGCUCAUUUUACACCCAUGACACUACCCUUUGGUUUAGACUUUUGGAAUGGAAAGUCUAGUGUGGAGGUCUCUUCACCUUGUAAUCCGGUCACCUAGCAGGCUUCCCUGUGCCUGGGCAGAGAGAGGGCCCACUGUGCUCCAGUUUUGCGCCAGCUUUACCGCUAAGCAUAGAAAUGAUGUUUGAAAACAUGGAAGUGUUACUAGCCUUGCACCCUAGAGCAUGCACUCUGAAUUGGGCCCCCCACCCCCACCCCACCCAAUUAAUAGUGGUGAGUUUGUAUCGAGCUGUCCACACCCCGCCACAUUAGCUUACAUCAGUAUUCAUUCAGGAAACACUUUUUGGUCCCUGACCACAAGGAACUUGCAUGUUGUGGAAUAAACUGACUAUUGAUAGUUCAGUAUAAUAAAUGCUGUAAAUGGGCACACAUUUCUGAUGCGGGGGCAGGGACAACUGUCUGAUGUUGGAAUAAUUCAUGGUCCUUAGGUAGGAGGAUGACAGUUGGUUCAUACGUGGACAAGAUCUAUGGUCCUGGGUGAGCUGAGCUAACUGGCCGUGGAUAGACCACAACAAAGGCUUAAUUUAUUCCAGAAAAUAAAGACAACUGAAGGUCAGUUAGAAAUGCCGCUGAGAGAGGAAACAACAGGUGAUGGGGGUUGAGAGCCCGGAUUGUACCCCAUUGUAGGCUCUUUGCCAAAGUAUUCAAUGGUGCCGUGAAUCCUCCGCAGAGUAUUAACUCUUGAGGUCCUGUGUAUGUCGCUGCUAACAGCACACCCCCGCCCGGGCAUUUUAUGGGCGAUGUUCAGUGUUUGCCGUUCUCAUUCCUUUUGGAGGAAUCGCCAGGAGACUGGCUUUACGCCCACAGCCGGACAUGCUUCCCAGCGACGAGUCGCUGAGAGGCGUGGGCACAUCUGUUAGUGCCCGUGUGCCUUCUGAGGUGUAGUUCACUCGGCAGCGAGACGGGGGUCUCCGGUGAGACCUGUUGGCCACGUGGACUCCAUCACUCCCGGAAAUGCCCACAUCCUGGCGUUUGAGACCUAAGCAAGCCCAGGGAGAGCUGGGUGGGGGGGGGUGGAAAGAAACGGUCUAACCUGAAGAAAUGUCUUAGUUCUGACCCAUCUUUGGCUACAAGAAAACGACACCUUUCUCUGACUAGUUGACUAGUGGGAAGUCAGUUCCCAGGAAUUCGAGUGACUUCUGGAAAAUUUAGACUGUGGAGGUACUUUGGAUAGCUUCAUACAAACAGUCUAGUUGCUUUGCGCAUGUGCUGGAGUUCUUGAAUUUUAACUACCUCACCGUGCCUCUUAGGGUUACUUCAGCUUGUCAUUGCCACUUUAACACGCUUGACUCUGGUCGCCGGCUGCGACGGGGUUUUCCUGGAGGUCGCAGGCGCUUGCCUUUUCGUCCUGAUCCUCGUUUCAUGUAACGUCCUUCGUUGCUCCCUCUGUCAGAGAAACGUUUUAAGGCAGUUUCAAGGUCUCGCUUAAGAGAAAGAAUGAGAUCCUCUAAUGCUGUUUGUUCCUGAGGUCAGUGAAAGAGUUAAGUCAGGUGGGGGCAGGGGCCACCUGUACUGGCGGCAGUGCCUGCUGCGCGGGAAGAGCCAUUAAUUAAGACAAUUUCAAAGUCAACUGAUUGUGAUCAUUAAUGUCACAAUAGAUCAAAACCUAAUUAUCACAGCCUAGGUAAGAGCCAUCAGUAUUAAUCAGAAAAUCUAAUAGGAAACUAUUACCGAGAAAUAAGACCAAAUUGAAUGAAAUGGAACUUUUUAUCUGGUCGUUUUCUUCGUGUGUGUGUGUGUGCGUGCGGUGUCCCCUUGCAUCGGCUGGUGUGACCUCACACUUGACCCCGCCCUUGACCUCUCCCAGGCCGGGCUGGCCCAUGUUCAGGUCUCGGGAUGGUCGGUCUUUGCCAGAGCCAGAACGGUCCUGGUGGACGUUCUGCGGCAUGUGUUGACGUGGCUCCUUGGCCUUCUGUGUCACGUGGAGCCCCACUGCUCUGGCCACCUGCGUGGGUGCAGCGGGGAGGGGAGGCCUCUGCCUGAAGAUCCCGAGCAGAGUCUGCGUCGCAGAGCUCGGGAAGCUCAAGUUGGUGUCUGGCUGUUGGCAGUCGCUCUAGGGUUUGAGUCUGCACCAGGACUGGCUGGAUUUUUUCUCUCUAGUUUCAGUAUCACGGGGGUCAUGAUUUCCACCUGAACCCAGAGCUGCGUGGGGGGUGCGUUUCCUCUUUUCCCUUUCUGGUGAGAGUUCCCCUGGCGGGGAGACGGAAUCUUAGGGGAGUCCGGCUGUUCUGACCCUUGAGCUGCUUAAGAAGAUGCUGCGUCUGAGCGGAGCGGAGGCAGAGCGGGGAAGGCCCUGCCGGUGUGUGGAAGCACAGGCAGCAGCCCUGGCCCUCCGCCACCCCCUGUGGAGAGAGGAGCCAUCUCCCCUCUCGCUUGCCCGGCUAGGGACGCGCCUCCCGCCUGAGUGCGGCCCUGCGCCAGGCGGUUUCAGAGCCGCGGCUCCCAGCGCGACUCAGCCCUUCGCUGUAGUAGACCAUGGUUGUUUCUUCGCAAGAGGGUGCCUGUUGGAGAUGUUGCCCUGUCUUCAGAACAGCCAUCGCCCGGCACCUGCCUUCCCCAAGGUGCCGCUCGCUGCGCGGGGUGAGGGGUGCGCAGGGUGAGUCUGUGGGGGCGGGCCGGGCUCACCCGGGCUGCGGCGUGAGGCGAGCCCGCCGGCUUCCUUGGCUCCCGGGUGUGCUCUGGGGCCAUGAAGCGCUGUGGGGCGUGGAGCGAGAACAGAGCGGUGCCCGCUGUGUGCCGCCCUGCUCGCCCACUGGUGAUGGCUGACCUUGGGCAAGUCACUCCUUUCAGUGCCCCAGCUCCCACCUGUCCAAUGGGGGUGAUAACACUGACCUACCUCACGGGGUGCUGUGAGGCAUCUAAGUCAGAGGUGACAGGCGACUGCCCGGCCCUGGGUGGAGGAGGCCUUGGCCGGGGCCUCCCACAGGCUUCCGUCCUCAACGUGGCUGCCCACACUGGGAGCCGCUUCGCGACCUGGCGCGUGCUCCGCCCCCCGCCCCUCACCAAAGCUGCUAGUUCAGACGUUGACAGUGUCCGCGUGAUUGUGGCCAGCAGGUCCAGACCUGCUAGGCUGUUGGGGGAAGCCACUCGGUACCUUCUGUGUCUCGCACCCACAGAGAGACUGUUUCAGGCCCAGGGCACUGGGUUAGGGACUGAGGCUCGGCGCUGCUUGUUUCUCUCUGCGGCGUGGGGGUCGGGGUCGUGUUUCCCCGGCGCAGACUCGGGGUGCCUCGAGAGCAAGGCCAGCCCAGUGCUUUUGGUUUCUGUCAUUGUUUCUCAUGCCCCGAGCUGCCCCCAGGACAGCUGUACCCCUCUGUGGUUUCCACGCCCCAGCGUCCGCCCUCCCGUGGAAACCGGCUGGUUCAGGAGUGGAACCACUUCCACUGUCCCCCACAAAAAAGGGCCACUUUGGAAAUUUUUCUCUGCGUAUGCUCAGUGCUCGGAAUGGGCACUGGUGCCUUCAGGCUUCAUCCGGCUCACUGCGGUCGGCACCUGUGACCUCUUUCUCGGCGUCCACGGUCUGAACCCGCUGGCCUUUGGGGGAAUCUGGGACACUUCCUGUUUGCCGGGCUGUGGGCUCGAGAGCCUCGCUCUCCUCUGUUUGGGGGCUCAGCCAGCCCCCUUCCCAGUAGGGCCCUUUCUCCUUUCCCCCUCCCUGGCCCUGACGUGUAACCCUUGAAAAGCACAAGGCCCAGCCCUGUCGUCUUGCGGGCUCUGCCCCUGGGGCCCCGCUCUGGCCACACCGCCUGGCUCUGUGGGCCCUGAGAGAGCAGCCUCUGCCCUGCGGGUGGCCAGGAGUUAGUUGGCUGGGACCGGGAGACUCGGGUGGGUUUCAGCGCCUCCCUCCUGGGUGACGAAACCGAUCACACUUUGUAGCCAGGUUUCUGAACGGAAAGUGGGAAACUGAAUUCUCUGUGGACCUCUUUGGUUUGUGGGGGAGUUUUGGUUGUAU